AGCCCAUUGCCCAGCUUCAGAUCUCCCAGGAUGAUACGCCGCCGAAGCAUGCUGUUCUCAGCUCGUCUGUCCAUUCGGCAGAUCGAUUCUGUCAGUGAAUGCCGCGAUGCCGUCGGUGUGCUGGAGAGGCAUUCAGCAGUGGCGCUGCACUUCGAGGGUGCGCCACUGGGUCGCUUCGGGCGGCUGCUGUCCGUCCAGGCGGCCCUGCCGUCCACUGUGUUUGUGUUCGACGCCAGCAAGGGAGAGAUCGCAAGAUGCCUCUGCAGAGUUCUCAGCAACAGAGAGAUCCUCAAGGUGAGCGAAGGUCACACGGGGGAGAGAGGCCGGAUGGCUUGAUGAAUCGUAUGGAUAUGCGUAUGUCGAUUGACUGAUUGAUUUGACGCAGGUGGUGCAUGACAGCCGGGAUGCAGCGUCGCAUGUGCUGCAUCACUAUGGGGCGACGAUGCAGAGCGUAUACGACACUCAGGUCAGUCAGUCGGCUGGGGUCAGACAGGCGGCAGGAUGGAGGGGAUGGAUGGAUGGAUGGAUGGAUGAGUGCAGUUGGCUUAUGCCCUUCUCUUGGAGAGGCGGAAUCUGAUACCCUACCUCGUGAGCGAACACACACAUAGAGUGUGUGGGUGACUCCCUCACAGAGUGUGUGGGUGACUCCCUCACCGCCACCUGUGUGUGUGUUUGUGUGUCUGUGCUGUCAGGCCCCUUUGUCUGAGCUGGUCAAGCUGUACCUGCCUGCAGUCUUCAUCAAACACAGGUUGGUAGGUAGGCAGAGAUUGAGAGAUGAGAGCAACGUAGACACUGUUGUGCCGCGCGUGUUACUGCAUGCAGAAUUGACCGGCUCUUGUCUUUUGCCAGCCCGUCACCCAUUGCCCCACCCCCACCCAGUGCGGACACACAUCACUUCUCCCUCGACGACUCCCCUGCACCCACACCAACCAGCACCAGCACCACCACCAUCAGCAGCAGCAGCAAUGAGUCCCACCCCGCCCAUAUCCCUGGCAUGAGUUGCCACAUGGCGCAGCCCCUGUUGCUGGCUCAGGCGGCCCAUCGUGUGAUCCACCUGCAGGCAGUAAUGCGGGCACUGGCCAUCGAUAUCGGUGAGGCAGGCAGGCAGGAAGGCAGGCAGAGAGAGGGUGUCGAGCGAAUGGAUGAGUGUGCGUGUUGUUGUCUUUCAGGUGACCCGACAGGCGAUGCAGUGGUCCAUCGAACUGCACAGUGAGUGGGUGGGCACGGACUGCCUGCCUGCCUGCAUACCUCUGUGUGUAAGUUUGUUUGUUUGUUUGUUGGUGUCUGUCUGAUUCCCCCCUCUAUUGACUUAUAUAUACAGGGCGUGUGCGUCAUAUCUCGGUCUGAAUGGCGAUCUCCGCAGUGCCGACCCGCGGCAGCUCCAGUACGGCAAACACAUCGACGCGAUGAUGGUAUGUAUGUAUGGCCACACUUAACGUACACACAGCUACAGAAGCGCCAGGCAGCUGAGUGAGGGAGGGACCUAUCUAUGUAUCUAUCCCUUCUCUCUCAGGUCAGCCGACACUCUGGCGCGGCGUUCUUCCGUCUCAACGCACCCAUGCGGUAAGGAUCGAAACAUGCGAUGCGCGCACAUCGAAUGCAUGCAUACACAUCGCCCGUGUCUGGCCGUGUGUGGGCAUCACGUCACAUUCAGUGGUGUGGUGACCUCUGACGAUAGUCUUCGCCAUUUCGAUGACGUCAUGCCGGGCGAUGUGGCGGCGUGCGAGGUGCGCGGCCUCACAUCGUGCGGGCAGUUCGUGCAGCUGGAGAGAAGGAAUGCGGCCAACCUCUUCUACGACCUGAGGUCAGUCAGUCCGCACACAGACAGACACAUCCACCAACAAAAAGGGGCGGCAUCGUUUGUGUGAGUGUGUGUUGCAGGCAGCAGAAGGUCCGCGAGCUGCCAAGCUUGGAGGAGGCACAGCAGAGACGAUCACAACCUGACGACAGUAAGCCAGCUGCUCCCCACCGACUUCGCAGACAAGCACACCAUCUCUCUCUCUCUGUCUGUUUUAUCAGGUUCGCAUCGCGAGCUCUCCCAGCUGCUGCUGGGCCGCAAGAUGAUGGGCGACCGGCCGCAGACGCCCCCCAACCCCAAAGUGCGGAAGCUGCUGCACCCAGCCAUCGAGAAGCUUCCCAAACAGACCAGGGAGAAGCGGUCGGGGAGUGCGCCACAGCCGUACCUGGGGCAGCGUGUGUACAAGGCAGGCAAGAGAGGGGCGUUCAAGAUCCGCACGAGGCUGCCGAGGAAGACUCACGAUGAUGAUGGGAGGAACAAAUUCUGAUCGACGCAUGACAGGGUCAGGGAGGGUAGCGGAAAGAAGGCACGCUGAAGAAGGGCACCUACAGGAUCAGACGUGUGUGCGUGAAGAGCACACUUGGUUUGAUCCGUUGCGUGGCCUCCCUCAGUGUUUCUUCUCGUUGCCCGUGUGUCAGUGACUGACAUGUGUAUAAUUGGGUUGAUGCUUCGAGCUGGUCGAGCCCAGACGUCGUGUGUACUGACUGAUACUUAAUCAUUG